AUUCUGCGGAUGGUAUUCCUGGACACAGCGGUCACAGCGGUUGUUCUGGGUCUUGUCGUGGGCUUGAUUAUAAAGUUCACCGCCACGCUGUCCAAACUGGACAAAUUCCUCAUUAGAUUUCCCGGAGAGCUUGUCUUCCGUCUGCUGCAUGUGGUGACCACUCCUCUCCUCAUCACAGGUGUGAUGACAGGUGUUGCUCGUCUCAAGGCUGGAUCUUCAGGAAGGAUGGCUUUUCGUGCGUCAGCCAUAACGACUUUGCUGUCUGUGACUUUGGGUAAGAGCUAUGUCGUACGAUGAUUUUAUUCAGAAAUAUAUUGUUUUAUUGAUAAACACACAAUGCAUAUGGCAUUUGAACAUUUCCGUUUUUUAUUUUACUUGAGCUUCUAAAUGUGCUAUUUAAAACUCAUUCACAAGCCUCUGUCAACAUGGGAAUGCAGCUAUUUCAACCAGGUGACACAUAUACUAGU